AUGCGUCGCGGGGGCAGACCGACCUUGCGUCAGGGCUUGGACCGUGAGGUCUACCAAGUCGUGCGCAAAAUCAUUGAUGAGCAGUCCGAAAAGGACCAGAUUCGUCUGUCUGUGCCUGCGAUAUAUGAGAGCCUCAAAAAAUCAAAUUCCAGUCUGAACAGGAAGCCCAAGAGGAUACUAGAAGAUAGCAUUGAACGGGUUGUGGAGGUAGUGAAGAGUGAUGUGCUCGGAGACGACGAGGACGAGUCCAUAGAGGGUGACUUCGAAGGGCUAGAGGAAAAGCCAGCGGCAGAGUCCAAUAGCCUCAACCGAAGCAUUGUAGGCAUGUGGAACACAGGCUCCAAACCCUCGAAACCAACCGAGUCGAACGUUGCGGAAAAUAAUCCUGCGCCUGCAGCUACUUCGAGCAAGAGAAGACAAAAUGGAGGCGAAUCUUCCUCCAAGCGACGGAAAGCCGAUAGCUCAGUCGAUAGAUCUCCCCCGACUCAUGUGAGCCUCACGGACCUGGGCGGGCUGGAUGAUGUUGUCCAGGAGCUAGGAGAUCUUGUCAUACUACCCAUGACUCGCCCGCAAGUCUACUUGUCAUCCAAUGUACAACCUCCCCGCGGUGUUCUGCUGCAUGGACCGCCGGGUUGCGGUAAGACUAUGAUUGCAAAUGCCUUUGCAGCAGAGCUGGGGGUUCCUUUCAUUGCCAUAUCUGCACCAUCUGUUAUCUCCGGGAUGUCGGGAGAGUCUGAGAAGGCUCUGCGAGACUAUUUUGAAGAAGCAAGGAGAAUAGCACCCUGUCUCAUUUUCAUUGAUGAGAUCGACGCCAUCACGCCCAAGCGAGAGAGUGCGCAGAGAGAGAUGGAGAAGAGAAUUGUCGCGCAGCUUUUAACCUGUAUGGAUGAUUUGGCGUUGGAAAAGACGGAUGGAAAGCCUGUGAUCGUUCUGGCUGCAACUAAUCGCCCAGACAGCUUAGACGCAGCCCUGCGCCGAGGAGGCAGAUUCGAUAAAGAAAUCAACAUGACUGUUCCUUCUGAACCUGUCCGAGAGAAAAUUCUCCGGGCACUUACGCGAAAGAUGCGCAUGGCAGACGACCUCGACUACAAGACUUUGGCCAAAAGAACUCCCGGAUUCGUUGGUGCCGAUUUGAACGAUUUGGUUUCUACGGCUGGUGCCGCUGCCAUCAAGAGAUAUUUGGAGAUACUGAAAUCGAAUAGCGGCGAAGAAAUGGAAAUCGAGGAGGUGGAUGACAUUAGUCCCAAAAUCAAAGAACUACGCCGUCUCAUCACACACGCCAAGGAGGCACCCCUCGGAGACGAAGCACAAGUAGUCCUGGUAUCAAACGAGGAUUUCUUUACUGCUCUUCCUAAGAUCCAACCUUCCUCCAAGCGUGAAGGCUUUGCCACUAUUCCAGACACCACGUGGGCAGACAUUGGUGCCCUAGGUGGAAUUCGUGAUGAACUUUCCACGGCGAUCGUGGAACCGAUUAGGAACCCGGAUAUCUACGCGAACGUCGGUAUUACGGCUCCCACAGGAGUUCUGCUCUGGGGUCCACCUGGAUGCGGUAAAACGCUCCUGGCCAAGGCCGUUGCCAACGAGUCGCGCGCCAACUUCAUUAGUGUUAAGGGUCCUGAGCUCCUCAACAAGUACGUUGGUGAAUCUGAGCGUGCAGUGCGGCAAGUCUUCGUACGUGCUCGCUCGUCAGUUCCUUGCGUCAUCUUUUUCGACGAGCUGGACGCUUUGGUUCCACGACGAGAUGACACCCUUUCCGAGGCUUCUGCUCGUGUCGUGAACACAUUGCUCACCGAGCUCGACGGCCUGGGCAGUAGUCGCCAAGGACUUUACGUGAUCGCAGCCACAAACCGUCCAGAUAUCAUUGAUCCGGCGAUGCUUCGUCCUGGACGUCUCGAGACGCUCCUCUUUGUAAACCUGCCCAGUCCAUUAGAGCGCGUGGAGAUUCUGCAAACCCUGGUGCGCAACCUCCGGAUCGAAUUCAGCGAGGACAUGAGGAGAUUGGCAGAAGAGUGCGAAGGAUUCAGUGGUGCGGAUCUGGGAAGCUUGCUCCGUCGUGCUGGAUAUUCCGCCAUCAAAAGACGCGACACGAUUAAAUUCGAAGACUUUGUCGCCGCCAAGUCGUUCAUUCGACCUAGUGUUACAGAUCUGAAGAAGUAUGAGAAGCUACGGAGGGAUUGGAGCGGUGGCGUUGCGUAA